AUGCGGUCCUUACCUAGAUUAAUAUUUGCGGGGAUAUUGAUUCAGUUAUCGAUUCCUAAAUCAGCUUCUACUGGAUGGAUGCAAACCACUGUGCAGUUCCUGACAAAGCUAAAUGAUGUAGCUCGGUUAGAAACGCAGUGCAGCUCGUCCUCAAAGGAAGAAAAAUUCGAUUGCUUCAUGGAGAAACUCACAGAAGACCUUCCCAUCUUUGAAGAAUUUUUAACCCAGACCAACCUAAAAGAAACAGAGCAAACUGAUUUCUCGGGCCUGAAGCAGCUCUAUACUGCAUUUGCUGACUUUACAGGAAACCGGAAGGGAUGGUCUAAGUUUGGAGAGCAAAAACCUGAAUAUCAACUGGCAAGCAGCCGUGUCAAAAAAGAUCUUAUAGAUUGUUCACAUCUUCGAAAUUUAUACGAACAAACCUUUAGACCUCUUGUGGCAAGGCUGCAAAGAGAUAUCGAUGUCCGCGAAGAAUAUCCAAAUAAUGAUCGCUCGUACAACAUGUUUUUUGAUAUUAAAGGAGCAUGCAAUCAAAUUGAAGUGCAGCCUCGAAACGUACCAACACUGUCAGUCAAAGAUGUUUGUCCAACCCGAUAUAAUUGCGCACCGUCUAUCUUUAAUUCAAGUGAUAAUGCUUGCGGCCAAAACAAAUCGGAAUGUGACAUCAACAAAGCCAUUCCACUUAUGAUUGGCGUAUUCUUCUAUAAAGUCAGCUUUGCGGUCUUAAAUAGAUUUUGCAGGGAAAACUGUACUGAUGGUGGCUGCAAAUUGACGAGAGAAGACUUCUCCAGCAUUGCCAAGCAGGUGGAGUUGAUGAAAACGUUUAGAAGUUUGCCCCCAGAAGACCCGUUCGCGUCCAAUCAAUUUUUUCAAACAGCUAUUUCAAAGAAGGCCUACUACGAAAUAGCGGCUGCCAUGGAGAUCAUAGGCAAAAACGAGCAGCAUUUCAAAAAAAUUGAACUGAAUAUUGCCAGCUUCGCUUGUGAAGAAAAUAUAUCUCAGCCCGCUUGUCACGUGGCAAGAGUAUAUCCACAUUAUCUGCUGUUGAAGAAGAUGAAGGAAAAAAGGCUUGAUCCGGGACACACUGGGGAUACAAGGGAUCUAACUCUUUAUCAGAAUGUAGACCAUGCUAAAAUAAUUGAACUAAAAAAAGAAACUAUUAAACAUAACGAGGUGCUGUCCGCCGUUAACCAGCUUAAUAAAAACCUGGAAACACAAGUCCGAGGAAUUGCUUCUUAUUUUAAAGGAGUUGCUAGCUUCGAUCAAGAUAUAGCAGACGCGGAUGUGAUAUUCAUAAGAGACAAACUUGAAGAUUUUGAUGGGGAGUAUAAAAGACUUAAGAGAAAGGUGAACAGUGAUAUGAGGGACAUCAAGAAUCUCACGCUGGCCCUUGCGAUUGCUGAGCUGGUGGAGAAUACAGUAGCUCUCGUAGCAAAAAUGGCAGAAGAGUCAAACCCCAUAGCCGCGAUAUUCACUGGUGUAGACUCCAAGGGUAUACGUGACGCAGCAAAAGAUGUUGCCAACGCAGCAGCAAACGUGAGGACAGCGGAAGCACUUGCUUCAGCCAUGGAAGGACUCGCGAAUGAUACCGAAGAGAUUGGAACUUGCUUGCAUAACAAUCAAAACUAA